AGUGGACGUGCAUUCAUAGUCGGCCAUAGUUUAGCUAAGACAAAUAGCGUUCACUGACAUGUCAGUGAACCCAAUGUAUCUUAGCUACCCAUAGGUCAGCGACUAUAUUACACUGUAACAGGCCCGCUUCAAUACCACCUUGUAGCUAGUACACGCAUACCGAUAUUCAACAUGGCUACCUCUUUCCCCGUGUUGUACACCAGGGGGAGCCACUUCGACGUAGGCUACAGCAUCGGCAGCACAUUCCAGUCCCGCAUACAAACAUACAUUCAGAAGUCAUUUCUACUUCAGGACACGCUGCUACCCUUUUACGACUCUCGCGAAGGACGAGAUUUCGUGGAGGCCAUGUUAAGCAGGACAGAGAAGAACUUUCCAAAGUACCUCGACGAAGUCCGUGGAAAUGCUCAAGGCGCCGGGUUGCCGUUUGAGACGCUGUUCGUUAAUGAUUUACUUACGGAGAUCUACUUUGGUUUCAGUCAGAAACCACCACAAGCCACAAAAGAGGAUCUCGGAUGCAGCACCGUUUACAUCAACCGCCCGGAUGUUAAGGUCAUAGGUCAUAACGAAGACGGUGAAGAUCUUGCAAGGAUGCUUGGCUACGUCAUCGAUGCCACCAUAACCGGAGACGACGGCGUUGAAGAGAAGUUCACGAGCCUUUGCUACCCCGGGGGACUUCCGGGUAUAUCGAUGGGUUAUAACUACCACGGAAUGAUAUUCUCGGUCAAUGGCCUGGCAGGUCCCACGAUUGACAAGGCAGCGCCAGCAGAAUUUGUGCUUAGAGCAGUGUUGGGAGCUUCUAACAUUGACGAAGUGAAGAACAUUGUGUCAAAUGCAGGUUUUGGCGUAUCGGUAGGAUUUAACAUCAAUGUCGGCUCCAUAGUGGACACGUCGACUCAGUGGUCAGUUGAAGUAGCGCCGGAUGUAUCCGAAUCCAAAGUGUCCAUUAAAGAAAUCCACGAAUCUGACGACCCCGAGAAGUCUACGUAUUAUCACAUGAAUGAGUAUCGUCACUUGGACAUCGAGGUUGAAACAGCUGCAAGAUCAAGAGCGAGGUUUGAAAGGGCAUUGUCACUUCCGGUUCCGACUUGCGCAAAGGACGCUAGGAAUAUACUAGGUGAUACUGAUAAUAAGACAUUUCCGAUCUAUCGAAGUGUUCGCCCAUCAGAUGAAUAUGCCACAGAUUGCACCGGAAUGUUUGAUUUGCUGAACAAACGAUUUGAUAUUUACCUCGAUAAUCCAUCCAGCGACACAGGACCGCUAUUACCAUUCAAUAUCCAAUGCAAAGCAUGAAUGCCACUUAGAUAAUGUCAUACUGGUGUUUUGAACAUUGCAUGACAUGUUUAUAACUGGCAUUCUAGAAACGAUCAAAGGUGUGGCUUCCUUACCCAGUAUUCACCGAUAAUUAUUGUUGAAUUCAAAACGAUAAGACUAGUCUCCAAAUUCCUUGCAGACACAGAUUGCAAUGGGGGUACAAGACAAAAUAGUGAUAUCAAAUAUAGAAGUAUAUACAAGUAUGGUUAGUGAAAUCGGUAAUGGUAAACGUGUUCAAUUCUACCGGCAGAUCCUGUCACGCUUUCUCUUAGAAAAAUAAUACGUUUAGCCCUCGUCCGGUAAUAUUCCUUCCACAGUCUACACCAGACAAUCCAGUGAUCAGUAUAAGAUUUAUUAAGCCUCCGAGUUGCUGGAAAUAGCAAUGACAGGAUCCGGUAAUCAAAGAUAAUCUUCUGUGAUGUGUGUUUUUGUUAUUUUGCGACAAUGACUUGAUGAAAACUGGUUUUCGCAUGAAGAGUUCCAAGUUUGAAAUAUUUAAACUAAACGUGUAAACACGUACCUCCCGAAAACCGAAAGGCCCAAAGCUGAACCCAUGACACUAGACUUGGGUAUGGUUUAUGCGUUAGAAAUAUCUUAUUUUUUCACAUAUAAGAGAGAAAUAUUCUUUGAGUUUACAACGCGCGUACGGCAAGAUUUCACUUACACAACUGUACCAUUUUAACGGUGCUACUGUCUGAGGUGUGUUAAGAAAUGUACAGACCUUUAUUGAUUUGCUUUCAGAAAUGAUACCGUAUUACCUAUUACUUUGUUGCACGUAUGAUAAGAUGGAUGUAUUACUUUUAAUCUACUAUUAAAAGCGGCAUUGGCGCUACAUCAAUAUGUAGUAAGGUACAAAUCGACAUUUUUCCACACUUGAAAUGUCAUAUUUUAUGCUGUUGAAACCUCUCAAAUAUUGGCACAAACAGAAUCAAACAUAAUUAUUGGGUGAAAUCAAACAUAACACACUUCGCGCAUAACUUACAUAACUUUUAUAUUGUGGCAGAACAUCGAGUGAUGUAUAUUGCACCCGUAACAGCUGGCAUGUAUCUAAGUGCAAUAAUUUCGAUGGUUAUUGGCUGUGUUUGAAUAAAAUCCUGGCAGCAUGAAA